UGCAGAGCUUAUAACAAAAGCUGUGCAGACUGCCUCUUAUCAAGAGAUCCAUAUUGUGGCUGGUAUGGCGGAAAAUGUCAGUCUAUUCUGAAUAAACGCGUUAAGCCAUUAUUGAAUUUGACCCUGGGAGCCACAUGUGAGCUGAACUCCAAAUCUCUGCCUCAAAAAGGAAGUCUGUCACCAUCUUCAAAUGAAAAUAAAGAGCUACCGCCGUCUGUCUAUUGUAUAACAUGCCCAGCAGAAUCAAAGCAAGCCACCUAUUACUGGACAUAUGGUGACCACAAGGAAAGUUGCACC